CUGCCAUUUCGCCUCUCCAGGAAAGAUCGCAGAAAAAUAAUGGGGAUUGAGCUCAGAUAUGAACUUUGCACUUGUUUUCACCACAAAUGUAGUUCGUAAAGCUUAUCGCUUUCUCUUCCCCUCCAGAAGAUUCUGCAACGGCAACUUCAAUAAUACUGACGAAGAAUCCGAUUUAGGGUUUCCUCAUUUAGAAGAUCGAGAAGAAACCUCUGUUCGGAGUGCGUCUCGUGUUCUCGAGGCAUUACAGCGAGAAGACCCUGUUUUCAACACAAAGUCAUCAGCUUUAGAUGAACUGAAUGUUAGACUCUCAGGGCUUCUCGUUAGAGACGUUCUUGUAGGGAUCUUGAGAAACUUGCGUUGUGAUGAUGAUAAUAACAAGACUAGAUGUGCUAAAGCAGCUUACAGAUUCUUUAAUUGGUCUAGAGAAAAGGAAUGUUUCAGGCACACGGUUGAUUCUUAUCAUUUGCUUAUGAAGAUAUUUGCGGAGUGUGGUGAGUAUAAGGCAAUGUGGAGGUUAGUUGAUGAGAUGGUUCAAGACGGGUAUCCGACGACGGCCAGGACGUUUAAUCUCUUGAUUUGUAGUUGCGGUGAAGCAGGUCUUGCGAAACAAGCUGUUGUGCAGUUUAUUAAGUCUAAGAGUUUUAACUACAGGCCUUUUAAGCAUUCUUAUAACGCGAUUUUGAAUGCUCUGCUUGGUGUGAAGCAGUAUGGUUUGAUUGAGUGGGUUUAUGAGCAGAUGAUAGAAGACGGGUUUUCGCCGGAUGUGGUGACUUAUAAUGUCCUCAUGUGGACAAACUAUAGGUUAGGGAAGAUGGAUAGAUUUGAUAGGCUGUUUGAUGAGAUGGGUAGAGAUGGUUUGUGUCCAGAUUUGUAUACGUUCAACAUUUUGCUGCAUAUCUUGGGGAGAGGGAACAAACCGUUAGCUGCGUUGACUACAUUGAACCAUAUGAAGGAAGUUGGGAUCGAGCCGAGUGUUAUUCACUUCACUACUUUGAUAGAUGGUCUGAGCCGUGCAGGGAAUCUAGAAGCGUGCAAGUACUUUCUUGAUGAGAUGGUGAAAGUUGGGUGCACGCCUGAUGUUGUUUGUUACACGGUUAUGAUCACAGGGUAUGUUGUAGCCGGAGAGCUGGAGAAGGCCAAGGAGAUGUUCAGUGAGAUGACAAGUAAAGGGCAGUUGCCGAAUGUUUUCACAUACAACUCGAUGAUUCGUGGGUUGUGUAUGGCUGGAGAGUUCAGAGAGGCGUGUUGGUUGCUAAAGGAGAUGGAAUCUAGAGGGUGUAACCCGAAUUUUGUAGUGUAUAGUACAUUGGUGAGCUGUUUAAGAAGAGCAGGGAGGCUUGGAGAGGCUCGCAAAGUAAUAAGAGAUAUGGUGAAGAAAGGACAUUAUGUUCAUUUAGUUCCAAAGAUGAUGAAAUAUAGGAGAUGAUGUAAGUGGUAUUGUUUUCUCGUUUUUUGUUAAUUGAGGUUGUUGUUUCUCUCAUUUGCCAUAGUUUUGUAACUUGCAUUCUUGUUCUUUUCUCAAAGAAAGUUUGAUCACUGA